UGACGUUGCCACUUGCAACGAUAAGGAAUCCGAUCCUUGUAUCUUUCUGUAGGGCCUUUUGCAAUUAUUUGUGACAACAACGCUCUCUUCGGUGCUCUUUCGCGUUUCCUGGCAAACUGACGCGUCGUUCCUAAAUCUUGCCAACGAAACAUGCCGACACUUUUCUACACGUUUAUAGACCUUCAGAUCUCAGGCGUUAUUGGGAUAUCGCUUAUCUUUCUAACGGUCAUCUUCUCUCAUCUCGUCAAAAGAUGCUUAACUUGGUACACCUUCUGCGUUUCCUGGAUACUUUCCUGCAUUUCGUACUCUUUGCUAUUUUUCGUUGGAGGAAGUGAUCCGAAUUAUGUCCCAAAUCAGGAUCUCUGUAUUACUCAAGCGGCACUGAUAUACUCAGUACCAACGCUCACCGCACUUACUACGCUUUCACUCCUGGUCCAUAACUGGUACAACGUUCAUUUUGGAAUCUCGAGAUCUCCAUUAGAGGCUAAUCACAAGACCAUCGUUGCUCUCCUCGCAGCGCCAUAUAUCGUAUGGUUCUUCAUGUUUCUCGGCUUCCUGCUGUUCGGUCUAACGCAUUCAUCGCUCGUUAUUCGACUCGGUGACUCGUCACAUUGCAUAAUUAUUAAUGCAAUUCCGGCUAAGAUAUCCUCACUUUUUGUGGUUAUCGUCACCUCCUCGAUGCUUCCAGUGCAAGUAUCCCUCGGUCUCUCUCUUUGCCGCAACCUGUACGACAACGAUUCGACAAGUACUAUUUCAAUACCUACGCUACAGGUGGUCAUUCGUGUCAUGAUAUUUAGCUUCCUCACCCUUGUAUCGUUCACCGAAGGUGUUAUAUACAUAUUUGAUUUAUCUCCAGGGCCUUUCGUCGAUAUCAUCAUGGCGUGGUGUAUGUCCUUCUUUGUACCUUUUCGACUGCUUCAUGAGACUCUGAUUCGCAUUGUAGUACCUGUGUUUGGGGUGCUUAUCUUCGGGAUGCAAAAGGACAUCUUUCGUACCUGGAUCUUAUGGGCAAAUUGGCUUUUGAAAUCUCCAAAGAAGCCUUACCGCAAAAGCUCUACGCCAUCCCUCACACCCGAUAAUUCCGUUCGAAGUGACUAGAAGUCCAUUCUUACCACAGCUCCUCAAGCAAUCUCUGUAUCAGUCAGUAUCAACACCGAUGUAGCUUAUAAUGUCUUGAUAGAUCGAAGCCAUUCAUGGUAUGCCGUUAUC